ACAAUGGGGACAGCACUGGCAAUGGCCAGCACGGCAAGCGUCAUUACCAGCACUGGAAGCUCAGAGCUGUCCUCACUGUCAGAGAACAUCAAUAAUGCUGCUGACAUCUCUGUCAUUGUCAUCUAUUUCGUGGUGGUGAUGGCUGUUGGAGUGUGGGCAAUGCUGAAGACGAAUAGAAGCACCGUUGGAGGAUUCUUCCUAGCGGGACGAGCUAUGACUUGGUGGCCAAUGGGCGCCUCUCUGUUUGCCAGCAACAUCGGCAGUGGCCACUUUGUGGGCCUGGCUGGGACAGGUGCAGCUUCAGGAAUUGCUGUUACAGCAUUUGAAUCACAUUCAUUUCUCUUGUUGCUGGUUCUGGGGUGGUUUUUUGUCCCCAUCUAUAUCAAGGCAGGGGUGAUGACCAUGCCAGAAUAUCUCAAGAAGCGGUUUGGUGGGAAAAGACUACAGAUCUAUCUCUCUGUCCUCUCUCUCUUCAUCUGUGUGGUGCUGUCAAUCUCGUCAAACAUAUUUUCCGGAGCCAUAUUCAUAAAGCUGGCUUUUGGAUUGGACCUUUACCUGGCUAUCUUCAUUCUUUUGGCAAUCACAGCUGUUUUCACAAUCAGUGGGGGCUUGGCAUCUGUGAUUUACACAGACACCCUCCAGGCCAUCAUUAUGCUCAUCGGAUCUUUCAUUCUCAUGGUAUUUGCAUUUGUUGAAGUUGGAGGGUAUGAAAAUUUUACAGAGAAGUACAUGAAUGCCAUUCCAUCUGUGGUGGAGGGGGACAACCUGACCAUCAACCCCAGGUGCUACACUCCUCAGGCAGACUCCUUCCAUAUUUUCAGAGAUGCUGUCACCGGAGACAUUCCCUGGCCAGGAACCGCAUUUGGAAUGGUUAUUACAGCCAUGUGGUACUGGUGCACAGACCAGGUCAUUGUACAGCGCUGCUUGUGUGGCAAGAACAUGUCUCAUGUGAAGGCGGCCUGCAUAGUGUGUGGCUACCUGAAGCUGCUGCCCUUAUUCUUCAUGGUGAUGCCAGGGAUGAUCAGCCGCAUUCUGUACACAGAUAUGGUGGCCUGCGUUGUGCCUUCUGAGUGUGUAAAGCAGUGUGGUGUUGAUGUUGGCUGCACUAACUAUGCCUACCCGACGCUGGUGCUGAAACUGAUGCCCAUGGGACUUCGAGGCCUGAUGCUCUCAGCCAUGGUGGCCUCUCUGAUGAGCUCCCUGACCUCCAUCUUCAACAGUGCCAGCACGCUCUUCACCAUAGAUCUCUACACCAAGAUUCGGAAGAAGGCAUCAGAGAGAGAGCUCCUGAUAGCUGGACGAUUGUUUGUCUCUGUGCUAAUUGUCACCAGCAUCUUGUGGGUCCCCAUAGUGGAAGUAUCUCAGGGUGGACAGCUGAUCCAUUACACAGAAGCAAUCUCCAGCUACCUCGGGCCUCCGAUUGCAGCCAUCUUCCUGCUCGCCAUCUUCUGUAAGAGGGUCAAUGAACAAGGAGCGUUCUGGGGUCUGAUGGCUGGCCUCGUGAUGGGCCUCAUCCGCAUGAUCGCAGAGUUUUCUUAUGGGACAGGGAGCUGCCUGGCUGCCAGUAGCUGUCCCCAGCUCAUCUGUGGAGUGCAUUAUCUGUACUAUGCCAUCAUUCUCUUCUCCGUGUCUGUACUGGUCACCCUGGGAGUUUCUUUCUUAACAAAGCCCAUCCCCGAUGUACAUCUGUAUCGCUUGUGCUGGACUCUUCGGAACAGUAAGGAGGAAAGAAUUGAUUUAGAUGCAGAAGAAAAGGAGGAGGAAGGAGCCGAUGACGAGACUGAAGAAGACCAAACUGACAAACCUCAAGGAUGUCUCAAGAAGACUUGUGACUUAUUCUGUGGUUUGCAAAAUGCAGAACCCAAGCUGACAAAAGAGGAGGAGGAAAUCCUGAAGAAGAAGCUGGAAGACACAUCAGAGGAGCCCUUCUGGAGGACGGUUGUGAAUGUCAAUGUCAUUGUCCUCCUGGCUGUGGCAGUUUUCUUCUAUGGCUACUUUGCCUGAAAACUCUUUCUCAGCCACAAAGAGGCUGGUUCAUCAAAGAAUCAUUUCGUGCAUUUCUAUUUUAUACUUUGUUAUCUUACAUCAGCAAUUGGUAAUGUUAUCUAAUGAGGUGAUGUCAGCCUUGAAUUUUUAUGACAAAAAAUUUAUAAAUUUUUUUGUUUGUAAUUUAUAAAACCAGAAAAGUGACUCCAUGUGAACAUGUGAAAUAGGCAAAGAGCCCCAAAUCCUUUUCUACUCUCAUGCAGUAUAAUUAACCCCUGAAAUUUUAUAGAUUCAAGAAAUACACUGUCAUGAUUUCA